AUGGAGGAAGAGCUCAAGAACUUGAGUAAGAGCUUGGGAGGAUUCUGCAAUCAUCUUCAAAGCAGCUGCGAUGCUUUCAAUCACUCUCUUCAACGCCGCCCUAUCCCUCUCGAUUCGGCUUCAUCCACUUUCAUCAAGAGCUUGAAUCGUCGACUCUCCACCGCAGGUUCCGACUUGAAUUUCCUUGAUUCCAUGUCUUUCGGUACUGUCUCCUUCGAGGAGCUCCUGGGUCACUGUAAUCAGAUCUACAAAAAUAACCAAGAGGAGCUUCUUCAUCUCCAGAACCGCCUCACUGACUUCGGCUAUGUUCCUGGAAUUGAGAUUGAUGAAGGCAGAGAUGAGGAAUCUGACUUUGGAGCAUUUGGUCAUGAGGAUUCAAAGCUUUCGGAUGAUGAUUUUGAGCCUCAUUCAUUGCAACGCUCAACCAUUAAAGGACUAGACGAGGACGAUUUUCUAGAUGAUUCACUAAAUUUGAAGAACCUUGGGCUUUCAGAUGCUUGUCUUGCAACUUUAGCUUCAGAAAAAGUCAACGAUAAUGUGAAGGAUCCUUACACGUAUGUGGAAGAAUCAGUGAAGGGCAAACCAUUUGACACAAGUGCUCUACCUGCUCCAAAGGCGUCAGAGCUCUCCAAUGAAGAUGAGAAUGCGACACUAGGGAUUGAUAGAGCUUCAGGGCCUGCAUUAGCAUUGAUAAAAGAAGAGUAUGAAAGUCUUCCUUCUUACAUGAAGUCUCUGGCGUCGUGGGAGGAUCUGCUCAGUGCAGUGCAGAAAUUCAACUCGGUCCUCGGUAGCAAGAAAGUAACAAACGGAUCUUACUAUUUCCGUGCAGAUGAAAUCCCGACUCUAGGCCUUGGCCACAAGGAGAAAGCGUACACAGUGCUGCUGACUCGGAUGAAGAGAUUUGUGGUCGAGACAACGGACGGUGUUGUAUCCUAUAGAGUUGCAUAG